AUGGGAUGUACAACUAGCAAAAGUGAUAUUCAACUUGGAUCUAUCAAAGCAUGGGAUUACAAGGUAGAUGGGAAGGCAAAAAGUGUUUCGGAAGAAGAGUUGCAAACGCUUCGUAAAAAGUUUUGGGAAAGUCGCACGGGAGGAAAAGCAGAGAUUUGGAAUGUGUUGCACGAGUGCUGCGAUCUUGUGCUAAAUAGUGAUAUAGAUGCUGCAAACGACAGUUUACGCCUUCAUGGCUUAACUGUUAUUUCUGGUGAUUUGUGUGUAGUGAAAGAUAAAGAUGGUUUUGUCUACAAUAUCGAAAGAUAUUGCUUUUCCACUCCACGCAAUGUGGAGCUGAAGUUAACUCUUCCGACGUCGGAAACGCAAAACCAUCGAUUCCGCUUCCGAAUCGGCGCUCCAUUUUUAGACGAAGAACGAGAAAUCGUCUUCGUGUUCGAGAAGAAAGGCCAGCAUGAAGCCGAUAUAACGCCAAAGGAGCACAGUCCCGAGAACCACUGUUACUACAACACCUACCACUUCACGGACGAUUUAACGACAAUCACCGAGGCGCAAGUGCACCAAAAACUCGUAGACACGAUUCAGAAUGUAGAGUCUUGA